GGCGGAGAGAGUGCUUUACCGCAGUAUCACUGGAUUUCUGCACCACUCAUCAAAACUCUGCGGCAUGCAGACCAGAGCCAGGGGGGAGGGCGCUCACUAGGUUUGUGCUGAGUCCGGGACCGCUGCCUCUACACAUCCUUUUGUUAGCCAGGCUACAGUGGCGAUUUGACUUCAUUUUCCAUUCAUUUGUGUGCGGCAGACCUCUUUAACUGCCUGUUGUUCCCGUAGCGGCGGUGGUUCAGGAGCGCUCUCUCUCUCUCGCUCUCUCUCUCUCUCUCUCUCUCUCGCUCCUCCUCGCUCGCUCUCAGCUGUCCGCCUAAUUGUUUCCACCCGGCGUUUGCAGAAAUCAGGGCGCUUUUGCUACAGCUCUGAACUUUUAUGACAAAAUGGCAAAGGAUGGAGAAAAGGGCCAGUGGAAGGAGUUUAUAUGGAACCCGAGGACCAGGGAGUUUCUGGGCAGGACGGCGAGCAGCUGGGGUCUUAUUCUUCUCUUCUAUCUAGUCUUCUAUAUCUUCCUGGCUGGCCUGUUCGCACUCACCAUGUACGUCAUGCUGCAGACCUUGGACGAUCACAAACCGACCUGGCAGGACAGACUCGCCACACCAGGCAUGGUGAUUAGACCCAAAGCAACUGAGACCUUUGAGAUUGUCUAUGCGACCCAGGACACUGAGAGCUGGGACCUGUACACUCAGAUCCUGGACAAUUUUUUGUCACCCUACAACGACACCACACAGGCUCUGAGAAACGACCAUUGCACCCCAGACAAGUACUUCCUGCAGGAAGACAGCGGCGAGGUGAAGAACAACCCGAAACGCUCCUGUCAGUUCAACCGCACCAUCCUGGAGCAAUGCUCUGGAGUCUCGGACCGUUACUAUGGAUACCGCGAAGGCAAACCAUGCAUCAUCAUCAAGCUGAAUCGGGUGAUUGGGAUGCUGCCAGGAAAUAAUGGACAGGCUCCAUAUGUCACCUGUGGUGCGAAGAGAGAAGACACUGACAAAAUUGGACAGUUGGCGUACUUCCCUCCAAAUGGGACCUUCAAUCUUAUGUAUUACCCUUACUAUGGCAAGAAAGCUCAGGUGAACUACUCUCAGCCUCUGGUGGCCGUCAAGUUCCUCAACAUCACUCUCAACGAAGACGUCAAUAUCGAGUGCAAGAUCAACGCCAACAACAUUCCCACUGGAAGCGAAAGGGACAAGUUUGCGGGAAGAGUGUCUUUCAAGCUGAGAAUCAACUCAGACAAAGCCUAGGUUGACCUUUUGACCUCUCCUGAACGCUCCUUUCUUCAUUCUCUGCGGCAUUGCACAUUGCACACAGAAAGAAAUUGCAGUAUUCCCACCCUUUGCUAGACCUGUUUACAACCCCCGUGUAUCGGGACAUUGUCCGGCUAGGUUGAAAGAUAAGACAAGAACAAAAGGGUGAUAAUCCUGUCAUUACUUCUAUCUGUGAGCUUUGGGGAAAAUUCUUUUCUGUAAAUUAGUUUGAGGUGAAAUCUAUUUAUACUGCAUGACACAACUAGAGGAUAUAAAAGGAUAUGAAAGUGUUGUCAGAGUUUGCAAGGAUCAGCAACAUUACCACUUUAUUGCUGCUCCCCUUCAGCUGCCUCCUUAUAGAGGACUCCUCCAUAUAUGAAUAUACACAAAUUACAAAUACAAAAUGUGUAUAUCCGAUAUUUAUAUGGUAUCAUAACUAUAUAUUAGUCUGUCUAUUUUGUUGCACUUAAAAGAAUAAUCCAAGAGACCCACAUAUAUCUUGAUGGAUGGAUGCAGAAAUGAAGCCAUUUUGCAUGUUUGUAUCGUCUUUAGUGUUCUCCAAGCGCAGCAGGCCCUCGUGCUCCACCUCUCCACUAAGUGUGAUAUACUGACCACCAGGAGGGACCCAUCAGUGACGUCUCAAACCUCACACACAACAAAAUUAGGUUUAUUGAGGUAGCUAUUUCCAAAAAAGGGGGAGUCACAUUUGAGGUCAAACCUUUAAGCGUGUGUGUGUGUGUGUGUGUGUGUGUGUGUGUGUGUGUGUGUGUGUGUGUGUGUGUGUGUGUGUGUGUGUGUGUGUGUGUGUGUGUGUGUGUUCCUUUGACGGCUCCCAUCUCAUCCUGUAGGUCGGGAAGUUGCAUGCAAUGUGCAAUAUUCAUUACAUGGCAUAUGUUAUGGCUGCGUUAGUCCAUUCUUCAGGUAGUAACAUGAACAGUUUUAUAGCACUAGAUGUUGACACGGGUUGGUCAAUAGAUGAUUGGGUAGCUGGGAAUGGUCAAAAUGAUGAUGCCAAAUGAACUACAGUAUGACAGGAAACAGGAAAUCAGUCAUACUUUUGAAAUGAUUUUAAGUUAAAAAUUGAUUUAUCCCCCAGAAUUUACUACUAAUCCAUUUUAUUUUACUCUUAUAGACAAUUUCCCACAUCCCAAUUUUUCACAACUUUAAAUAUGAGAUGUUUGAGCGUUUUGCAUCUAUGUCAUAUACAUCAGCGAUAGAUGCCAAUGUCAUAUUUUGUAUUGAUUUGCACUGGCAGUGUGUGUGCGCAUGUGUGUUUUCUCUUUUUUGUGGAAGAUGAAUUAAUUGAUGUAUAUACAGAUUGGGAUGAGAUGGAUGUAGAACAUUUGAGUUUGUUCAUGUUAAUUUAUUCAUAUAAUACUCAUCAUUACCGUCCAAAUUUCCCAAUCCAGGAAAUGUGUAGUUUACAGGUGCUUUGAGAGGUGACUAGAGUCUAGAUUAGGUGAGUUGUUAGUUCAUCAGAUUUUUGUCUUUUAGACUUGUAGGAAAUUAGGAAAACAGAAAUGUUCCCGUUGUUGUUGCAGUGUUUUCCCUUUAUAUAAACAUGAAAACUAGAAUCAUCAAUCAAAUAACAAGUUUGGCCAGGUUUACAUACUGUAGCACAGUAUCAGACCACAAAAUUAAGAACUACCCAGAAAUAUUGGCUGCAGAAGUCGGUGUAGUCACACUUUUAAACUCACGAGCAUUACCUUGGAACGGCCUCAAGACUGUGGCAAUGCGAUUGUACUCCUGCCAUGUAACUGAAGCAAAUGUGGAACAUGAGCAUCUGCUCUUUCACAUAAGAUCUGCCUCAACUCUCACUUUGUGUUUCCCAGUAUGCUCACAAAUAUGUCACAGAGGUCUGAAGAAGAAGGAAGGAAGGAAGGAAGGAAGGAAGGAAGGAAGGAAGGAAGGAAGGAAGGAAGGAAGGAGAGAGAGAGAGAAAGACAGAAAGUAAAUAAAAAAAACGAUGUGCCCUAACAUUACUCCGAGCUUCAUACUUACUUUGUGUCACACAUAUUUCUCCUCUGGCUUUCCUACAACAGUUACUUAAUUUCACGGUAACCUCUUAAUCUGGUAAUCCACAGCAGGCACGCUGAACCUCUUUACCCUACUUUAUUGCUCCGCCCCCUUGCGUCACACUUGAUUCAGCGUCUUCAGGUUCCUUCAUUUCUUACUUUUAAUUCCAUUCUACUUCUCCUGAUCAUUAUUAUAAGCGAUGCCCUUUUAAGUCACAGCUAAACGAAGAAAAUGUUCGCUUCAUCUUACAAUUCGACAUUGACUUUUGUGCAUGUGCAAAAUAUUUCUUCUUCAACCAAAGACCUUUGUGGCAGUUUAGCUUGUAUUUAUUUGUGUUAUUCUGAGGUACUGUCGGACCCAAGCAGGAAAGCGCAGCCUGUGCUAUUAAAAGUCUUACUCUUAUAUAAUAAUUAUUAUAAUAACAAUACGCACAAAGGGAACAGUUUCACUAACGUAACAGUGCCUCCUGGUGGACAGACCUCGCUGUUCCCCAGCGUCACAGAAUCCUUUUCCCUUCUAACUCCAUUAUCACACUUGUUUCUGUGAUGAUUAGGAGAAGUCCCAAAAAGCAAUAUAGGUUAUUUUUGUCUGUUUUUGUGGCUGUAUGAUUUAUUUAUUGGAAAGGCUGGUAUAAAAAUACUGCAUUAUGUGCAUUUUGCCAGUAUGGAACAAUACAAACACCAUGCUUUGUUUAUAGAAGAGUAUUUUUAUUGAUAUUCAGGACAGAAACACAAUGGGUGCUACCUGGUAGGUUUUGAUGAUUUAGGCAACAGUUUGGUUGAAAGUGGUUUUGUUUUAAUUCUGCGUGGUCUGCCACCUUUUUGAGUGCUGUCUGACGUCUUAGUGUCAAAACUGAGACACAAGCAUCACAAGCAAACUGAAGAGGUUGUAAAUACAUUGAAAUGAGCUGUUCAAAACAUUCAGGAUGGCUUCAGAACCACAGAACCCAAAUCAGAGACCGAGUCGACUAUUCAUGCUUUAAAUUAAAAACAUUUCCAACAAACCUUCCCUCCUUUGACCAAAAGGAUGACUAUCUAUUCUGAAACUUCAUUUUUCUGCUCUUACUCUAUGUAUAUUUUGCUCAUGUUUCCUGCAAAACGAGAUAGAGAAAUAAAUAAAUGUCAUUUAAAAAAGUU